UAGCCAACAACAUAUUAUUCCCCAAAACUAGCUAAAACCCCCGCAGCCAUUGGUUUCUCCUUCAACGCACAAGCACAAGCACAACCAUCAACCAUGGCGGUCGAUCAACAAACUCAGAUUCAACUGUCCUUCAUCCUCGGCCCCGAUUCUUCCCACUUCGAAACCCUAAUUUCUCACCUCAUGUCUUCUUCAAACGAACAGCGCUCCCACGCCGAGUCUCUCUUCAAUCUCUGCAAACAAACACAACCCGACUCGCUCGCUUUGAAGCUCGUUCAAUCUCUCAACUCAUCUCCCAGUCUCGACCUUCGUGCUAUGUCCGCUGUUUUGCUUCGGAAACAACUCACCCGUUCUGGAGACGGCGACGACGAUUCCACUUUUAUCUACCCUCGCAUUGCUGAAUCCACUCGUUUGACUCUCAAGUCUCUUCUCCUCGCGUCUCUGCAGCAGGAGAGUGCUAAAUCUAUAGCUAAGAAGGUUUGCGAUACUAUCUCUGAACUUGCGUCUGCGAUUUUACCGGAGAAUGGAUGGCCCGAGUUACUUCCCUUCAUGUUCCAGUGCGUUGUUGCUUCUUCGGAUAACCCGAAUCUCCAGGAGUACGCUUUGUUGAUUUUCUCUAGAUUGGCUCAGUACAUUGGUGAAACGUUGGUUCCUCACCUGACUACUCUACAUUCUGUGUUUUCUCAGUCUUUAAGAAACUCCACAUCUGCUGAUGUUAGAAUCGCGGCUUUGGGUGCUGCCAUUAAUUUUAUCCAGUGUUUGUCAGAGCCUUCCGAUAGGGAUAUUUUUCAAGAUUUGUUGCCGUUGAUGAUGCAGACUUUGACUGAGGCAUUGAAUUCUGGGCAAGAAGCUACAGCACAGGAAGCCCUGGAGCUUCUCAUUGAAUUGGCUGGUACCGAACCGAGGUUUCUGAGGAGACAGCUUCUCGAAGUUGUUGGUUCAAUGCUUCAGAUUGCCGAAGCCGAGAGUUUAGAAGAAGGGACUAGGCACUUGGCUAUAGAAUUUGUCAUUACAUUGGCUGAGGCACGAGAAAGAGCUCCCGGCAUGAUUAGGAAAUUGCCACACUUCAUUAGCAAACUCUUUAGCGUGUUGAUGCACAUGCUUUUGGACAUUGAGGAUGACCCGGCAUGGCACACUGCCGAGAAUGAGGAUGAAGAUGCUGGCGAGACCACUAAUUAUGGUUUUGGACAAGAAUGUCUGGACAGGCUUGCUAUAUCUUUGGGUGGGAAUACUAUUCUUCCUGUUGCCUCUCAAGUUUUCUCAGCUUUCUUCGCUGCUUCUGAGUGGCAGAAGCACCAUGCUGCUCUCAUUGCUCUUGCCCAAAUUGCUGAAGGUUGCUCGCAAGCUUCUUGUACUGCUUCAGAAUCAAAAACAAAUGGUGCAAGAGGGUGCUUUGACUGCUUUGGCGUCAGUUGCUGAUUCUUCACAGGAACUAUUCCAAAAGUACUAUGAUGCUGUUAUGCCUUACUUGAAAGCUAUUUUGGUCAAUGCAAAUGAUAAAGCUAAUCGUAUGCUUCGCGCUAAGUCAAUGGAGUGCAUUAGUUUGGUUGGAAUGGCUGUUGGAAAGGAAAAAUUUAAGGACGAUGCAAAGCAGGUCAUGGACGUGCUGAUGUCCUUACAAGGUUCGCAAUUGGAAGCGGACGAUCCAACAACAAGCUACAUGUUACAGGCUUGGGCUAGACUCUGCAAAUGCCUUGGACAAGAUUUUAUUCCUUACAUGAGUGUUGUUAUGCCCCCUUUGCUUCAAUCAGCCCAGCUCAAGCCAGAUGUUAUCAUUUCAUCUGCAGAUUCAGAUGCAGAUAUUGAUGACGACGAUGAUAGCAUUGAGACCAUCACUCUGGGUGACAAGAGGAUAGGGAUCAAAACUAGUGUGUUAGAGGAGAAAGCUACUGCCUGUAACAUGCUGUGUUGCUAUGCUGAUGAGCUAAAAGAAGGGUUUUUCCCUUGGAUUGAUCAGGUUGCUCCUAUUUUAGUUCCUCUUCUCAAGUUUUAUUUCCAUGAAGAAGUUAGGAAGGCUGCAGUAUCAGGUAUGCCGGAGCUGUUACGCUCAGCAAAACUUGCUGUGGAGAAAGGGGAAUCUCAGGGUCGUAAUGAAUCCUAUAUAAAGCACUUGAGCGAUUAUAUAAUACCAGCAUUGUUGGAGGCUUUGCACAAGGAGCCUGAAGUGGAGAUUUGCGCAAGCAUGCUGGAGUCAUUAAACGAGUGUGUACAGAUUUCUGGACCCAUUCUAGAUGAAAGCCAGGUGAGGGGAAUUGUAGAUGAGACUAAGCAGGCAAUAAUAGCUAGUUCAACCAGACGGACAGAGAGAGAAGAGAGAACUAGGGCAGAGGACUUUGAUGCAGAAGAAAGCGAGAUCCUUAAAGAAGAAAAUGAACAAGAAGAAGAAGUUUUUGAUCAGAUUGGUGAUUUACUGGGAACGUUAAUCAAAACAUUCAAGACCUCUUUCCUGCCCAUGUUUGAUGAGCUUUCAUCUUACAUAACUCCCAUGUUGGGUAGUGAUAGGACGACAGAGGAGAGAAGAAUAGCUAUUUGUAUAUUUGAUGAUGUUGCUGAGCAUUGUCGUGAAGCAGCUCUUAAAUACUAUGAUACAUUCGUUCCUUUUCUUUUGGAAGCAUGCAAUGACGAGAAUGCUGAUGUUCGGCAGGCUGCUGUGUACGGAAUUGGAAUUUGUGCUGAGUUCGGCGGUUCUGUUUUCAGACCUCUUGUUGGAGAGGCACUCUCCAGAUUAGAUGUUGUCAUUAGACAUCCUAAUGCUCAGCAGUCUGAGAAUGCCAUGGCCUAUGAUAAUGCUGUUUCCGCUCUCGGAAAAAUAUGUCAGUUCUACCGAAGCAGUAUUGAUGCUGGAAAGAUUGUUCCUGCCUGGUUAAACUGCUUGCCGAUAAAAGGAGAUACAAUUGAGGCUAAAAUUGUUCAUGACCAGCUUUGCUCAAUGGUGGAGAGGUCUGACCCAGAUCUAUUAGGACCCAAUCACCAGCACCUUCCAAAAAUAGUUGCAGUUUUUGCUGAGGUCUUAUGUGCAGGCGGUGCUCUGGCAACGGAGCAAACAGUGAGCAGGAUGAUAAAUAUCUUAAGACAGCUUCAACAGACAUUGUCUCCAUCAGCUCUCGCAUCGACUUGGUCAUCUCUGCAACCACAGCAACAGCUUGCACUACAGUCCAUCCUCUCCUCUUAGUUCUCUUAUAUUCUUUUGGGAAUUUGGCAUGACAAUGAAGAUGAUCCACAAAGGAUCUCUCUCGAAGGUGUGUAUAAUGUUUAAUUCUUGGCUUGCUGCUCAUGAAACGGCAAAUGUUAAGUAGUGCCCAGAGAAGGAGAAAGUUUUGAGGUGAUCUUUUUGUGUUAAGACAUUGUUGCUUAAUCAAAUUUUGAUGGUUUUGUUAUU